ACAUUUGUUUUACUAAUAUCGAACCUUUAAAAAAAAAAAUUGAAUGAGCUCUUCAAAUGAGAAACCUAUUAUUCGUGAUAGAGGCCUUGAAUGUUGGCUUCAAGCACUCAAAGCACAUCUUUUAAUCUUCGUUUCAUGGGGAAUUGUAAAUUCGUUUGGAAUAUUUCAGACAUAUUACAAGUCAACAUUCUUAAAGGACAACUCUUUAUCGAGUAUUGCAUGGAUAGGGACUGUUGAAGGGUUUUCUAUUAUUUUGGUUAGUCUUUUGAUUGGCCCAAUAUACGACAGAGGAUAUAUACGACCUCUGAUUAUAAUUGGAUCUAUUUUAAUUAUAUUUGGGAUGAUUAUGACCAGUUUAUCAAAGAAAUAUUAUCAAUUUUUUAUUUAUCAAGCUCUUUGUAUUGGAAUUGGAUCAGGAUGUGUUUUUAUUCCAAGUUUAGGAAUAAUAACGAGAUAUUUUGAUAAAAAGCAGUCGUUAGCAGCAGGAAUUAUAACAUCUGGAGCAAGCGUAGGUGGCUUAGUUUUUCCUGUUCUUUUUGAGCUUUUAAUUGACAGAAUUGGCUUUGCAUGGACUAUUAGGGCGUUUUCAUUGGUUUCUUUUAUAUUGAUUAUAAUAAGCAUUAUAAUUACCGAGGUUUAUGCAUUUUCUAGUCGUUCACCAUGCUUGUUUAAUUUUUCUUCUUUAAAAGAUCGUACAUUCAUGAUUUUUAAUGUGUCUGUGUUUUUUAUAUUUACUGGUAUUUAUUUUCCAUAUUUUUAUCUUCCUAUGUACGCAAACGCAUUGGGUUCUCGUUUUUCGACUUAUUUUAUUUCAGUUAUUAAUUUAACAUCUAUUUUCGGUAGGGUUAUUACAGGCGUUAUUGCAGACUAUAAGGGACCCUUGAAUACAUUUAUUUUAUCUACAUUGGCUUUAGUUAUUUUAACGUAUGCAUGGAUUGGUAUUCGUAAUAUUCCUGGACUUUUUAUUUUUUCAAUUUUAUAUGGGAUAUUUGCAGGUGCGGUUAUGUCACUCCCAUCUGCAAUAAUUAUAAAAUUAUCGUCAAAUUUAAAUUUUGUUGGAACCCAGAUGUCAAUUUGUCUUUUAUUUACGGGUAUUGGUUUUCUUAUUGGAACGCCAAUAGAUGGUAUUAUUUUAAAACGUUUUAAUAAAGCGUUCUUUUGGGCACAGAUCUUUUCUGCGACAAUUAUGUUAAUUGGUAUUUUCGCUCUUUUUCCAAUAAUAUAUUCAAAACGAAAUCGAUUAUUAAUUUCUAAAACAUCCUCAUCUGGGACUUCAUUUUAUCGUCCACUUUGAUUUUUUUGUAUUAUCUUAAUAAUUGAGAUGUACGCAAACGAUCAUU